UGAUUAAUAGAAUUAAAAUUAAAAAUGGAGUAUAAUAUGCCAAUUCAUAAUAAUUAUGAAGAUAUGAGAAAUAAGCCAAGGAACCAUGGGUUUCCUUAUGAAAUGGACAAUAAUGGGAGACGAUGUUCUCCUAUGCGCAGGCGUAGCAGAUCUCCUAGGCAGCCUCGUUCUCCACGAGACCUUCAAAGACGUGUUUUUGAUGAUUUUGUUGUUACAAGAGAAUUUGAAAGAGAUUUUCCAAGGCCUAGUAGAGGAGGAUGGAACGAUCGUGAUAGAAAUGAUCGUAGACCGAAUCCAAGAGAUUUUCGAGAUGAUAGAAGAAGAGAUGAUUCAAGAAAUAGAACUGAUCCAAGAGAGCAUAGAUUUAAUGAUAGAUUUGAUGAUUACUACAUGGAAAGACCUAGACAGCGAUCACGAGAAAAUGAGAGACGAGAUAAUAAUGGUGCUAGUGAGCCACUUCUGCCUCCAUCAUCUACUAUUAUAUUGCAGAAUAUUGGUUUGGAUAUGACGGAACGCAAGAUUGAAGAUCGAGUUAAAGCAGAUGGUUUUACAUGUCGUCAUAUAGCUGUAAUCAGAGAUCGCGAUACUGGAGAUAAUCGUGGAUAUGCUUUUGUUGAAUUUCACUCUAUUGAAAAUGCUGAAAAAUGGUUAAAAUUUAAUAAACGUGUGCUUUUCAUUGAUGAUCGUCAAAUUCAUAUGAAUUUUUCGAAGUCUCGUAAAAAUGAUACUCCAAUUUAUGCAGACUGGAAUUGUGUUGAGUGUAAGGCUCUUAACUUUGGCAGUCGUAAACAGGUAGAAAAAAAUCCAUCCUGUUUUCGUUGCGGCAUUCCACAAAAAGAUUCAUUUGAUGAUAAUGAAAUACGUAACAGAGAUUCUAAAGAAGACAUAUCAAAACUUGAGCCAUGCAAUGUUCUAAUGCUGCGUGGAAUGGACUUCUCGACAACAGAAGAAACUAUAAGAAUGUGUAUUUCUCAAUUGACUUCUUUCCCAAUUUAUGAUGUUCGCCUUAUUAAAGACAAGGUUACAGAUAUGUCAAGAGGGUUUGCUUUUGUUGAAAUGGGCAAUACGCACGAUGCACAAGCAUUAUUAGACAUAAUUGAACGUUCCAAUCCACCACUUGAAAUUGAAAACAGACGUGUUACAGCUGGAUUUGCUCGUCAUGGUUAUAAUGCUCCUCUCGCAAGUAAAGCAAACAGCAGACUUGGACAAAGUAAUAUACAGACUGCAGCUAGUCUAGCUGUGGCACAAGGAAAUGCGUCUUCAAAAACAGAGUACUCACAAGCCUUCAUCGAUUCGUACAAUACUCCAGGUCAACACCCACUGAACACUCAGAAAGGUCAAAAGCUUAAACCCCCUGUUCCAAAUCAACCAUUAUCUUCUACCUACACAUUUGAUGCUGCAACAGGCUACUAUUAUGAUUCUGUUACAGAACUUUAUUAUGAUCCAAAUUCUGGGUACUACUACAACGCAACCACUGGUCAAUACCUGUUUUGGAAUGGUGCUCGAUAUCAAGCUGUCAAUCAAGAUGGAACACCUAUUGUUUCUAAUACUGCCACAAAUAAUACAGUUGAGGCUCCACCUCCGCCAGAAAAAAAUGAGAAAGAUAAAGUUGGUUUGAGCGGAAAGAAGCCAAAAGAAGCCAGAAAGAUAGCAAAAGAUAUGGAACGUUGGGCAAAAAAAAUGAACACAGCAACACAAGCCAAAAAGGUUGCAGUUCAACAAGCUCAAGAAGAACUAAGGAUGUUGGAAAUGAAAGAAGAAGAAUUAAGAAUGAAAAUAUUACAUGAAAAAAUUGUACUAAGUAAGCAAGCAAGUACUCUCAGUGCUACAGUAGCUGUGAAGGAAAAUAUUCGAUCGUUGUUUGUGCCAGAUUAUGAAGAUGACACUAAUGUACUUAAAAUGGGAUCAGCUUUAUCUCCCACCAUGUCACAAAGAAUUAGUCUCGUUCCUGAUAUUCCUGAUGAAGAUGAAGACGAGCAUCAUGAUGAUAAGUUUAUUGACGCUGAAAAGUUGGCGUGUUUGUUAUGCAAGCGUCAAUUUCCAAGUAAAGAAGUAUUGAACAAGCAUGUCCAAAUGUCGCAACUUCACAAGCAAAAUUUAGCGAAUUUAAACAAAUAGCGUUAAUGUCGUUAACAAUUGCAAGUAGUAUUGAAGUUGAAGUAAUAUUGAAGAUCCUUUGCGAUCCUUUGAUAAACUAUUACGCAAUAUAAAAAACCAAUUUGCACAAGAGUAAAUACAUUAAUGAGUUACAUAUGCGUCGUUUGGGAUGCCGUAUUUUCGAUGUUUGACAAAUUUUUGUGACAAUUUUAUAUUUAGCUUAAUCUUGUACAUAAAUAUUUUUUUUUGAGAUGAUUAUUUGUCGUACAUUCUGUAAGUUUAAUAAAAACUAUUAGAAAUA